AUGUUGCCUUUUUGCUCAGCCACUCCGUGUUAUUCCCCAUCUUCUCAGAUUCCCUUAUUUGGGGGACUUCAAUCCUUGUGUCCAAUUCGAAAAGAUCUUGAGAGUAGACGUGUGGUGGAAGAAAGUUUACAUUUAGGUUUGCAUUAUGGAACACCUUCACUUAGAAAUUCAUUUGCAACACAAGCUAUAAAAACUGUCUCUGCAUGGCAAAAUUCACCACUAACAGUAAAUGGAGACUAUUUACUUAGUAAUGGAGAAAGGUAUAGUUUAUCUACCGUGCCGGAGGAACUCGUAGACUUUGCAAAACAGUCAGCUCAAGAUUCUGAUGCAUUAGUAGCAUCUACACAACCAGAAGCAAUACUAUCAAGUACUGAAUCUGUGCCUAGUUUGAUUGAAGGAGGUAAUGAAUCGUUAGCCGCUACAAAAGCAAGUGUUGGUGACCUUGUUGCCGGAAUCAAUGACUCAUUCAGUGCUUCUAUUAGUAAAGGAGAAAAUGCUUUCCGAAGCUCCGUGGAUACGCUCACUAAUUUUGUUGAUUCCGUUGUUAAAAAUGCUACUACAUCUGUUGAUAGUGCUUUCAGCAAGGCAUUCUCUGCUGUUGAUCAAACAGGGGGAUUAGCGAAUAAAAAAAUUACUGGCUUUUCAAGUGAGAUAAAUGGAGUCACAGGUAAGGCACCUGGAUUGGUUAUUGAUGUGUUGCGACGCUCAAUCGUUGCGGUUGAGAGUUCUCUAUCAACUGGGGCUUCCUAUGUUGUUUACCUAUAUGGGUCGGCCAAGGAGUUCCUUCCUGCAGAGAUUAGGGAUACAGUCGGUGUAUAUGAAGAUAAAGCAACACAAUUCUUGAGGCCUGUUGGAGCUGGAACUCAACAGAUAUACACGGCUUUCUAUUCAUUGGAGAAGAGUCUCGGCUUUGAUCCAAACGACCCAAUUAUUCCAUUUGUUGUUUUUGUGGGCUCUUCAACAACAUUGUGGGCUAUUUAUUGGUUGUGGAAAUAUGGAGGUUACUCAGGAGAUUUAUCUCCUAAAUCAGCUUUUGAGCUCUUGGCCGGGGACUCAAAUGCUGUACUUAUAGAUGUCCGCUCUGAGGAGUUGCGAGAAAAAGACGGUAUUCCUGAUAUUCGACGGGCAGCUCGCUUUCGCUAUGCUAGUGUAAUUCCAAUUGAGGUCGAUGGCUCCAUACGCAAGUUGUUGAAGGGUGGUAGAGACCUGGAUGACUCCUUGGUUGCUGUUGUUAUUCAAAAUUUGAAAAUUGUUAAGGACAGUUCCAAGGUUAUUGUGUUGGAUGCUGAUGGUACUCGUUCUAAAGGCAUUGCAAGAUCCUUGAAGAAAAUUGGGAUCAAGAAUCCAUACUUGGUCGAAGGUGGCUUUCAGUCUUGGGUGAAACAAAGUCUCCGUAUCAAGGAACUCAAACCUGAAACAGCACUUACCAUACUUAAUGAGGAAGCUGAAGCAAUUCUAGCGGAUCUUAUACCUUCUCCUUGGCAACUUUUAGGUUAUGGUACGGCACUACUUGCGGGAUCAUAUGCGUUAGUAGAGUGGGAGAAAACAUUGCAGUUAAUUGGUGUUUUUGGCCUCAGUUUGACUAUAUAUCUGCGGGUUUCUUCAUAUGAAAAGUCUGAAGAUUUGAACCAAGAUGUAAAGUUGUUGCUUGCACCUGUUAAACUUGGAGGUCAGGCAUUUUCAUGGGCUGCUGGAAAAUUGGAAUCAAAUGGUAUAGGAUUACCUACAUCACCUUCAUCGUUGGAUGUUCAGAACCGGGUGCUACAGGCUGCUGCCAAACAUGAAUCCCAACCAUCUGAUAGUGAAGGUAACCAAGACCCAAAUCCUGAAUCCACAGUUACUCUCAACCAAAAUGCAUGA